AUGUCACUAGUCUUUCGCAUUGCACUCCAAGGUGCAUCAGGCUUUACCAAACGAUUUUAUACCGCGAAGUCUUCAGUCACCUUGUUGAAGACGAAUGUGCUUCAACCCAUGAAAAUUUCGGUUCGCAAAUGGGGCAUCGAUGUUUCCGGAAUGAAUGCCAGACAACGCAAAACAGUUGGAUGUUGGCUGUUUUUAUGCGCAGGUAUGUGCUACGGUGCUGUUGCGAUUGGAGGAUUGACGAGACUGACUGAAUCUGGCUUGAGUAUGGUCAACUGGGACCUCUUCCGAUCUAUGAGACCUCCUCUGACUCGAAAAGAAUGGGAAGAGGAGUUUGAACGCUACAAGCAGUACCCAGAGUACAAAUAUAAGUGUUCUUCGGAGGAAAUGACAAUGUCGCAGUUCAAAUUCAUCUGGCAUAUGGAGUAUGGACAUCGAAUGUGGGGUCGCAUCACUGGUGUAGUCUUCCUCUUACCUUGUAUAUACUUCUGGGCACGAGGUUACUUUCCGCCUACGAUGAAAAGACGCAUACUCAUCGCUGCUGCUCUAAUCGCAGCACAGGGUGGCAUUGGUUGGUGGAUGGUGAAGUCGGGUCUUGAUCCCUCUCAGAACUCGGAAGCAAGCGUACCACGUGUGUCACAAUAUCGGCUUGCUACACACCUCACUAUGGCAUUCCUGCUCUACUCUAUAUUCUUUUACAACGGCUUAAGUCAUUUUAUUGACCCGCAAGCGCAGAACGGCAUUUACUCUGCUACACUGGGUGGCUCUGCCAAGCAGUUUUCCAUAGUAAAUGGACAGUUGACGAAGCUAAACAACUUCGGAAAGCUCCGCAUGCUGGCUCACAGCUCCAAGGCAAUGGUAUUCAUCACGGCUGUCAUGGGGGCCUUUGUCGCCGGACUGGAUGCUGGACUUGUUUACAACUCUUGGCCGAAGUUUGCUGAUAAAUGGAUACCAGAGAAUAUGCUUUCCCGCUCACCGAAAUGGAGGAAUUUCUUUGAGAACGAUGUCACCACACAGUUCAUCCAUCGCAACUUGGCUUACUUGACGUUGUUGACAAUAACUGUCACCUGGGUGGUCGGAUGUCGAGCUGGUUUGCCUCGUCGAGCCAGACUCGUCCUGCAUUCAACUGUGGCGAUGGGCUAUCUUCAAGCUACUCUUGGUAUCUAUACUUUGCUUUACUACGUUCCUGUUUGGCUUGCCUCACUCCACCAAAAUGGCUCAAUGGUGCUUUUAGCUUUCACUUUAUGGCUGACGAACGAGCUGCGUCGUGUUCCCAAGUAAAUCUACCAUUAAUUAACACUUUUCUUUUAGUCGUUACUAACUAACCAUUACCUCUUUUGUUGUGAUUUUGUUGUUCUGUACUCCCUGUGAUGAUUGUUGUUAAGUUAUUACAAACUCAUGUAACCGGUAAAUUAGAACCGGUAUUCUCACCUUGCAAAAUCGCUAGGUUUGCUGAACCCUGACAGGUCUCGAAGGCGAUAAGCAUUGCACUUUUUAUUUUACAAUGCUUCGGCUAAUUCUGCAUUCUAAACUAGCUAUUCGAGCAACUGAAAGAUUUUUACUUUUUAUGUAUGGUUCAGCAAGCACGCUCAUUGUAAUCCUUGUUCAAUUGAUCUGGUAUGUCAUGUGUGCGCUUAUUUGAGUUUUUUACAUUCCGGUGAGAAGAUCUGACACUAUCUUUCGAAUUUAUAUGUUUUAUUAAUCAAUCACUAAAUUUAAGUGUUUCUAUUCCCAAUGAUGAAAUUCUAACAUCUUAGAAGUUGUUAUUUUUACAUAGUCAUUAUUUGAAACUUUGUUCCAUUUCCUAGUCAUAGCUUGUUAUUUACAUUGGUGAUGUCUCAACUAACC